GUACAGCAGGGGAUGGAUUUGUCCAGGUUCGCGUCUCCGCGGCCCCCGGGCCUGCAGCAGAUCGGCGCCGCCGCCUUCCGCGCCCGGGGCGCCUGCUCGCUGCGCCGGCCCCGCCACCGCGGGGUCCACGCCGGGGGCGGGGGCGGGGGCGGGAACCUCAUGGUCGCCUCGGCCCUCCGCGGCACAACCGGCCUCUUCUACGCCGCCGUCGCCCCAAACCACGCCCGUCUCCGGCUCAGACGGCGGUGCCAGGGCAACGACUCGCUGGCCUACGUCGACGGCCCGCUGGAGGGCACCAAGGGCAGCAGCUCCAGCGCCGCCGAGGCCGGCGACGACGUCGCGGGGUCCGACGGCGAGGACAGGGCCCGCAGCGCCGCAGCCGCGGUCGACGUGGACGGCCUCAGGGACCUGCUGCAGAAGGCCAGGAAGGAGCUGGACGUGGCCCGGCUCAACAGCACCAUGUUCGAGGGCAAGGCGCAGCGCAUAUCCGAGUCGGCCAUCGCGCUCAAGGACCGCGCCGACAGCGCCCAGACCGAGGUGUCUUCCGCCGUGGCCACCGUGCAGGAGAUCAUCAGCAAGGAGGACGACGCCAAGGAGGCCGUCAGCAAGGCCACCAUGGCGCUCUCCAUGGCUGAGGCCCGGCUGCAGCUCGCCGCGGAGGCUCUGGACGCCAAGAGGGGAUCCGUCGGCCAGCUGGAGGUCAGCCUCGACGACGUUGAGGAGGAGGCGCUUGCGUCCGCCCAGGAGGAGAUCAAGGGGUGCCAGGCCAGCCUGUCAAAAUGCGAGGAGGAGCUGGGGCGGAUCCAGGGGAAGAAGAUGGAGCUGCAGAAGGAGGUUGACAGGCUGACCGAGCUCGCCGAGAGGGCUCUCCUGGACGCCUCCAAGGCCGAGGAGGACGUUUCCAACAUAAUGGUGUUGGCUGAGCAGGCCGUGGCUCUUGAGAUGGAAGCGGCCAAGCGCGCGAACGACGCGGAGCUGGCGUUACAGAAGGCCGAGAAGGCGGUUGAGUCCGUUGUGGAGCUGGUGCCGGCUGCCGAUGGGCACAUGAGUGACGAAGAGGACGAUCUUUCUGAUGUUUACGACUACAGCGGUGACGGUAUGCUUGACAUUUCUGAAAGGGACGAGGUGUCGGAUGUCGAGCGUUUGAUGCAGAUUGGCGAUUUGGCUGCUGAAGGCAUUGAGCCGCUUGAACCGUCUAAUGAAAUGCCUAUUGAAGAACGCACUGACAAGUUGCUUGUUGAGCCUCAGAAAGAAGCUGAACCUGACGUAGUUAAGCCAAAGCAAGGGAAGAAGCAGGACACAGAAAGGAAGGAGUCUUCCAAAUCAUCGUUGAAGAGGUCGUCUCGUUUCUUCUCGGCAUCUUUCUUCUCCUCCAAAUCUGAUGGAGAGUUUACACCUACAUCUGUAUUCCGAGGGCUAAUGAUAUCAGCCAGAAAACAAGCACCAGCUCUUGUUGCCGGGAUACUGCUUAUUGGUGCGGGGGCAUUUUUCUUCAAUAGAGCUGAGAAGAGUAGUCAAUUGUUUCAGCAGCCAGGCAUAGCCACCACUAGUAUUGAAGAAGUUACCUCCACUGCAAAGCCCGUAUUUCGUGAGAUACGUCAGUUACCACAAAGAAUAAAGAAGCUAAUCGCGCUCUUACCUCAUCAAGAGGUAAAUGAGGAAGAAGCUUCGCUUUUUGACGUACUAUACUUGCUGCUUGCUAGUGUUGUUUUUGUGCCAUUAUUCCAGAAAAUACCUGGAGGCAGUCCUGUUCUUGGAUAUCUUGCUGCUGGUGUCCUCAUUGGUCCCUAUGGUCUUUCUAUCAUCCGCAAUGUCCAUGGAACAAAGGCAAUUGCUGAAUUUGGAGUCGUGUUCUUGUUAUUCAACAUUGGCCUUGAGCUUUCUGUGGAAAGGUUAAGUUCGAUGAAGAAGUAUGUAUUUGGAUUAGGCUCUGCUCAGGUGUUGGUUACUACAGCAGUUGUUGGUCUGGCAGCUCACCGUUUUGCAGCACUACCAGGACCAGCGGCAAUUGUUGUUGGGAGUGGUUUGGCUCUAUCAUCCACAGCUGUCGUCUUGCAAGUACUACAAGAACGUGGGGAGAGCACAUCACGGCAUGGACGUGCCACGUUUUCUGUGCUACUUUUCCAGGAUCUGGCCGUGGUGGUUCUGUUGAUAUUGAUCCCACUCAUAUCACCUAAUUCUUCAAAAGGAGGGGUUGGUUUCCAAGCAAUAUUGGAAGCUAUGGGAAUGGCUGCGGUAAAGGCAAUAGCUGCUAUAACUGCCAUCAUUGCUGGAGGUCGUUUGUUUCUUCGGCCAAUUUACAGGCAAAUUGCUGAAAAUCGGAAUGCUGAGAUAUUUUCAGCAAAUACUCUCCUUGUUAUAUUUGGGACAAGUCUUCUUACUGCUCGGGCUGGCUUAUCGAUGGCACUGGGAGCAUUUUUGGCUGGUUUGUUGUUAGCAGAAACAGAGUUCUCCUUACAGGUUGAGUCGGAUAUUGCUCCUUACCGUGGCCUUCUAUUAGGUCUAUUCUUUAUGACGGUUGGAAUGUCUAUUGACCCAAAGCUGUUUCUUUCAAACUUCCCAGCAAUCUCUUUGAUACUAGGUCUCUUAAUUAUCGGAAAGACACUGUUAGUAACAUUUAUUGGUAGAGUAUUUGGAAUUUCCACCAUAUCUGCUGUCCGGGUUGGACUUUUGCUUGCACCUGGUGGGGAGUUUGCUUUUGUUGCCUUCGGAGAAGCUGUUAACCAGGGUCUUCUAUCACCUCAAUUAUCGUCAUUAUUAUUUUUGGUGGUUGGCAUUUCAAUGGCUAUGACACCAUAUUUAGCUGCUGGAGGCCAGUUUCUAGCAUCUAAAUUUGAGCAGCAUGAUGUCAGGAGUUUAUUGCCAGUGGAAAGUGAGACGGAUGACUUGCAAGGCCAUAUUAUUAUAUUGGGAUUUGGACGUGUUGGGCAGAUCAUCGCCCAACUCCUGUCAGAACGGUUAAUUCCAUUUGUUGCGCUUGAUGUUCGAAGUGAUCGGGUAGCAGUUGGGCGUGCACUUGACCUACCAGUAUAUUUCGGUGAUGCAGGGAGCAGAGAGGUACUGCACAAAGUUGGAGCUGAGAGGGCAUGUGCUGCUGCCAUUACUUUAGAUACUCCUGGUGCAAAUUAUAGAGCUGUAUGGGCUCUGAGCAAAUACUUUCCAAAUGUGAAGACAUUUGUCAGAGCACAUGAUGUUGAUCAUGGUGUUAAUUUGGAGAAAGCUGGUGCAUCAGCGGUUGUCCCUGAGACCUUAGAACCAAGUCUCCAAUUGGCUGCUGCUGUUCUUGCUCAAGCAAAACUUCCAAUGUCUGAGAUUGCAACAACGAUCAACGAGUUCAGGAAUCGUCAUUUGUCAGAACUCACGGAGCUUUGUUCUACAAGUGGGAGCUCCCUGGGCUAUGGCUUCUCUCGAGUCAUGUCAAAAACGAAGCCUCUGGUCUCCGACGACGAGAGCGACCCCAUUGAUGGAGCCCUGGCAAUCUGAGCCCAAUACACAAACGUAAAAGGCUCCUCCCAGGACUGUACAGUAGAUGUGUUCGCGUAUAGAAAGGUAGCAAAGCUAAUAAUUCGAGCAAACACUGUUACCGAUCUUUGGCAACAUUUCAGCUCUUCCAUUUUGGUAUGGUAGGACAUUUGUUUCUUUUCUCUUCCAAACCAUGGCUUCUUCUUUUCUGUUUCCAGCCCCUUUACUUCCCGUCAAGUAGACGGUGGAAGAUUUGGCUGUCAGGGUUGCACGCAGGACACUGAGAAUUUUGCAGAAAGUGUCCGCCAUUUUGCGUGUGCUGUUCUACUCCACUCUUAUGAAAGUUCUUGAUUUUCUUUCUUUACAAAAGUUGAGAAAAGUAUUUCAUCUUC